AUGGAUGACAACUUUCACCCCCAGGAUGAGGUCCUGCGGCACUCACUCGAGGAUCCUGAGGGUUUCUGGUCUCACCAGGCGGAACAUCUGCAUUGGCACAAGAAACCCACAUCAACGCUAAAGGUUACCAAGAAGACGCUCAAGAGCGGCGUCACUCACGACUCGUGGGAGUGGUUCCCAGACGGCGAGAUCUCGACCUGCUUCAACUGUGUCGAUAGACACGUCCACGACGGCAAGGGCGAUGCACCGGCCAUCUUCUACGACAGCCCGGUCACCGGAACAAAGCAAACGCUCACAUACAAGCAACUCCUGGAUGAGGUUGAGGUGUUCGCCGGGGCUCUGAGGGAAGAGGGCGUCAAGAAGGGCGACGUGGUUUUGGUGUACAUGCCCAUGAUUUCUGCCGCCCUCAUCGGCAUCCUCGCCGUCAGCCGCCUCGGUGCGAUCCACGCCGUCGUCUUUGGCGGCUUCGCGCCCAACGCGCUCGCUCAGCGCAUAGAGGCCUCGCAGCCCGUGGCUAUUCUCACAGCAUCGUGCGGCAUCGAUGGCAACAAGCCGCCGAUGAGUUAUAAGCCUCUCGUGGAGGAGGCAUGUGCCAUUUCCUCCCACAAACCCGAUAAAGUCAUCGUCUGGCAGCGUGAGCAAAUCCGAUGGCAUCCUAUCAACAGAAACGACGGCGAACGAAACUGGCAGAGCAUCGUGAAGAGCUGUCGUGCGAGGGGUAUCAGGGCAGAGUGCGUGCCGGUCAAGUCGACGGAUCCGAUAUACAUCAUCCACACGUCCGGGACGACGGGGUCGCCAAAGGGGGUGCUGAGAGACGCUGCCGGUCACGCCGUCGUUGGGCACAGCUACAUCGCCUAUGCCCCUCUCUUCACCGGCGCGGCAACGGUGCUUUACGAGGGCAAGCCGGUUGGGACGCCAGACGCGUCGGCCUUCUGGAGAAUAGUAGAGGAGUACAAGGUGAACACCAUGUUCACGGCCCCGACAGCGUUGCGCGCCAUCAAGCGCGACGACCCCGAGAACAAAUUCCUCAGGCAAGUGGGCGAGCGCGGAGGUCUCCGGACCCUCAAGGGUCUCUUCCUCGCCGGGGAGCGGUCCGAGCCGGCAAUCAUCACAAUGUACCAGGAGCUUCUCGAGCGAUACGGAGCAAUCGACGCCCACGUCGUUGACAACUGGUGGUCUACCGAGGCAGGCUCCCCGAUCACGGGGAGAGCUCUCGUGCCGCACGCGGGGAAAGACAGGAAGACGGACGUCCGGGACCAUCCUCCGCCCAAGAUCAAGCCCGGAAGUGCUGGAAAAGCGAUGCCGGGCUUCGACGUGCGGAUCGUGGACGAUGCCGGCGACGAGGUGCCCAGGGGCACAAUGGGGAACAUCGUCCUCGGCCUGCCACUCGCGCCAACAGCGUUCAGAACGCUCUGGCAGGACGAGGAGCGAUUUUACAAAGGAUACCUAAAGCGCUUUGAUGGGAAGUGGUUGGAUACAGGAGAUGCGGGCUAUAUUGACGCCGAGGGCUACGUCAACGUCAUGUCCCGGAACGACGAUGUGCUAAAUGUCAGCGCCCAUCGUCUGUCCAGCGGCGGCCUCGAACAAGCCAUCACAUCCCACCCCCUCGUAGCCGAGGCCUGCGUGGUCGGUAUCCCAGACGCCCUUAAAGGCCAGCUCCCCUUCGCCUUCAUCACGCUCUCGACGCCCGAUCAUCCGACCUCGGCAGUGCCCGACGGCAAGCUCGCCGACGAGAUUCAGGCGCUGGUGCGGUCGCAGGUCGGCGCCAUCGCGACACUGGGCGGGCUCAUCCAGGGGAAGGGCAUGAUUCCAAAGACACGCAGCGGUAAGACUUUGCGUCGUGUCCUGAGGGAGCUAUUGGAUAACGCGGUCCACGGCGAGUUUGACAAGGAGGUGCAGGUGCCAAGCACUGUUGAGGAUGCCGGCGCGGUCGAGGUUGCGAGGGCCAAAGUCAGGGAGUACUGGGAGAUCAACGGGGAUGGUCACAAGAGCACAGAGGCGAGGGCGAAGCUGUAA